AUGUCCGAAAUUGGUCAGUCAAAAGAGGAUGCAUUAGAAUUCUUGUGUUCUUUGAAUCAACGUAACAACAUUGAUAUGAAAGGAACCAGGGAUGCCUUGAGACGACGAUUAAGCGGAAUUUUCUCUGUUGGAAGACAUAUCGUAGAUAUGUUUCACUAUGGAAAGAUUAAGUUCAAUCAGUGCAGCGCUUGUAACAACAACGACUGGUGUUUUGUUAUUCCAGGCUGGCCUAGUGAAGAAAAGAUCAAUCCUGCCUUCUGGACUUGUUGCAAUCGAUGCAAAUGGCACCGUGAGAGUGUUUUUUGGUUCAAGGUGAUGCGUGUCUAUGUUGUGCCAGGGAAUCCAUACCCUUAUAAUUAG